AUGGUCGGCCUUACAUCUGCCGCCGGCGUUGUUGGCUUCCUCUCCGAACCGGACCCAGCCCUGCGCUCAUUCGCCCUCCAGCGGCUGAACGAGGAGAUCGACUUGCUAUGGCCAGAAGUCGCGGGCUCCGUCAGUCAAAUUGAGGCCCUCUACGAAGAUGAGUCGUUUCCCGAGCGCGAGCUUGCGGCCCUGGUAGCGGCAAAGGUAUACUACCAGCUGCAAGAGUACAAUGAGAGCAUGGUCUUCGCGCUGGGUGCGGGCAAGCUCUUCGACAUCCACAAGGCUGCCGAGUUCGAGGAGACAAUACUAGCGAAAUGCUUGGAUACGUACAUCGCGCUCUCAGUCAUGCACAACCCGCCGACACCUGUGAGUAAGGCAAGCCAGGCCCCUCCACAGCUGAGCACGUCAUUUUCGGGAAGCGCUGCUGGCGGUGCCAGUACUUCAGCUAGCCUGGCAUCGCCGAUAACACCUUUCUCCCAGUCUGCGUUACCAUCAAAGUCGCUCCUUUCCAGGGAGGACUCGUCUACAUUUGACCCCACUGUCCCCGGUGGGGGCAAUGCUGGCGUCCCUGGAGCACACCCUACUCCGAUGGUGCUGCAGCGAAACGUGCAGAAGAACCUCCACAGCACUGUAAGGAGGAUAUUCGAGAGCUGCUACGAGAGCGGCAACUAUAAGCAGGUUGUCGGGAUCGCCAUUGAGGCUCGGAAUCUUGAGGUCCUGCGCGAAGCUAUUGUGCGCGCAAGCCAAGAGGGGAAGAAGCAGGGAAAGAAGCCCGCACAGCCGUCUGCGCAGAGCGAGGAUCUGAUGGAAUAUGUUCUCGAUAUUUGCAUGAACGUGGUACAAGAGCGUGGUCUGAGAAACGAGAUUCUUCGCAUGAUUCUGGAUCUUCUCAACGACGACCAGAUACCGAACCCUGAUUAUUUCUCUAUUGCCAAAUGCGUUGUCUACCUCAACCAGCAUGCCCUUGCUUCGAAACUCAUUCGCCAGCUCAUCGAGCGCGGCGACGACAAGUCACGAGCUGUCGCAUACCAGAUUUCCUUCGACCUUUACGAGAACGGCACACAAGAGUUUUUGAGCAAGGUCAUGGAAGAACUCCCUGCCGAAAAAGAGGAAGAGACCCAGAAGCCCCAAUCGACGGAAGCAGGUGAAUCAGACUCUCUACUCGCAAAUGCCGACACCAGCAAUGUCUCGGGCUCCAAAGACUCUGAAUCGACCGAGGACCAGCUCAAGUCUUUCAACUCUGUCCGCCAUAUCCUUCGGGGAACAAAGAGCAUCGAACUAAACCUCGAGUUCCUGUACAGGAACAACCGUACAGACAAGGCUAUCCUGAACAAGGUUCGCGACAGCCUGGAGGCCAGGAACUCCAUUUUCCACUCUAGUGUCACCUUUGCAAACGCUUUCAUGAAUGCAGGCACCACCAACGACACAUUCUUCCGCGAGAACUUGGAAUGGCUAGGAAAGGCAGUCAAUUGGUCAAAGUUCUCGGCGACCGCUGCUUUAGGUGUCAUCCACCGUGGCAACAUUACUCAAGGACAGAAACUCCUCGAACCAUACCUACCCAAGGACAGUGUUUCUUCAGGUUCUCACUACGAGCAAGGUGGAUCAUUGUACGCUCUUGGUUUGAUUUACGCCAACCACGGAAGCAAUGUUCUUGACUUGCUCCUGAAGCAAUUCCAGAAUGCGUCUGAAGAAGUCAUUCAGCACGGUGGUGCGCUCGGUCUUGGUGUCACAGGCAUGGCCACGGGCUCUGAGGAAAUUUUUGAAGCGUUCAAGAACGUACUGUACACCGAUUCCGCCAUCAACGGUGAGGCAGUCGGUCUCUCCAUGGGUCUUGUCAUGCUUGGCACAGGCAACAUCAAGGCACUUGAGGACAUGAUCCAGUAUGCACACGACACACAGCACGAGAAGAUUGUUCGAGGGUUGGCCAUGGGUAUGGCACUCAUCAUGUAUGGCCGACAAGAGGCCGCCGAUGAACUCAUCAACGGUCUCCUAGACGACCCAGACCCAACUCUACGCUACGGAGGAAUCAUGACAAUAGCGUUGGCAUACUGCGGUACGGGUAGCAACAAGGCUGUCCGAAGGCUGUUGCACGUUGCGGUCAGUGAUGUGAGCGACGAUGUACGACGCGUGGCAGUCAUGAGCUUGGGCUUCAUCUUGUUCCGGAAGCCAGGUAGCGUUCCUCGCAUGGUUGAACUCCUUGCCGAGUCGUACAACCCCCAUGUCCGUUAUGGAGCGACAAUGGCUCUCGGUAUCGCUUGUGCCGGAACUGGACUCCCUGAGGCGGUUGAUUUGCUCGAGCCUAUGAUGAAGGACUCUACCGACUUCGUUCGCCAAGGUGCUUUGAUCUCGCUGUCCAUGAUCAUGGUGCAGCAAAACGAGGCCAUGAACCCGAAGGUAGCAUCAAUCCGCAAGCAGUUGGCCAAGGUCAUCGGGGACCGUCAUGAAGACGCCAUGGCCAAGUUCGGCUGCGCUCUUGCUCUCGGUAUCAUUGAUGCUGGAGGCCGAAACUGCACAAUCGGCCUGCAGACGCCGACAGGUAACCUGAACAUGACUGCCAUCGUUGGUAUGGCUGUGUUCACUCAGUACUGGUACUGGUUCCCUUUGACCCACUUCUUGUCUCUCAGCUUCACGCCUACUGCUGUCAUUGGCCUGGACCAGGAGCUUGAGAUCCCAUCGUUCAAGUUCCACAGCAACACACGGCCGAGCAUGUUUGACUACCCGCCUGAUGCUGAGGUCAAGGCAGAGGAGGCGCCAGAGAAAAUCAAGACAGCAGUCUUGUCGACGACAGCCCAAGACAAGCGACGGCGGAUGGUCAAGGAGCGCCAAAAGCGAAGAGAGAGUAUGGAUGUCGACCAUACUCCUGCCACACCAAAGCCAUCGGGCGACGAUGACAAGAUGGACGUUGAUGAGGACUCGAAGAAGGAAGACGGAGACAAGGCCGAGGGAGCACAGGCUGUAGAGGCAUUGUCGAAGAAGAAGGCAGAAAAGGAAAAGGUGGGCUACGAGCUGGAGAACAUGUCGCGUGUGCUGCCGCCACAAAUCAAGUACAUUAGCUUCCCAAGCGAGCGAUAUGUACCAGUAAAGAAGCCAACUCUUGGUGUGAUUCUUCUUACAGACACCAAGCCUUCGGAACCGAAGACGCUCCUUGAGCUCAAGGUAAAGAAGGCUGUACCUGCCCCUGCCCCUGGAGCAUCAGGAUCCUCUGGCGAACAAGCACCAGAAGGCGUAUCAGUAACAACAGCUGCAGCGCCGGUCAAUGACAACAUGGUCUACGAGGGAGAGGCGGAGGCAUCAACUCCGAGCGAGUUUGUCUAUGAAUCGGACACUAACCCAGAUGAUGAUGAGUAG